GGGUUAUUGAAAAUCGUCGCGCCCUAAAUAAACUUUCUUGCUGGCUACCUGGCCUCGAAGCAUUUUUCGCUUUGUGUACAACUUGUAGCAUAGAUGUGUGUGAAAGGUCUGAUAUAGGGUUUUUAAGUACAAUGUGUACCGAGGACGUGUUUAAUGAACCAUCUGAACUAUAUUAAACACAUUAGAUGUACUGACCCCUAGGCCUUUUCGGAUGAUUGAAUUGCGGGUAUCCCAUUGUCGAGAGCAGUGCGGUUUAAAAUUUCCUUCUCAUCAAAAAUAAGCCCUGUAGAUUUAACUUGUGUUUCUGGAUAUUUAUACAAUAAUUAUUUUACCGACUAUCAUGAAGUCUUCUCCCCCUAGAUGAUCACCUCGCAAAAGACAAGAUGAAGCAAGAUUCCAGUAACUGAACAAUUAUCGUUACAUGUACAUCAGGAAUAUGGAGGGAAGCACAAAUAUAUUUGAGGAAUUAUUAAAAGAUAAGUCCUUCAUUACAAAAGAGUUCUUCAUUGAACCAGAGCCUGCGGAGGAAAAAUCUGAGGAUUUUAAUUAUGUCUUGGAAAAGGAUCGUGCCAAAAAAGUACAGGUAAAUGAGCCAGUCCGUGGACUUGUAGAGGCACUUCCAUCAAUAGAAAACACAGUGGUGGGACUGUUCUUCUCAGCCGGGUGGUGUGCCCCUUGUCAGGAAUUCGUUCCCUUGUUGAAAGAUCUUUAUGAAGAACUGCAAAUGAAGCGCUGCCCAUUCCAGAUUGUGUUCAUCAGUUUCGACAAGACAGAAGAAAAGAUGCAGGAGUACUUUAUGGAUCACCAUGGUGAAUGGUUGGCAGUUCCUUUCAAUGACAAGGCACUCCGAGAAGCACUUCGUGCUAAGUUUGAUGUGAAUUCCUUGCCAAAGUUAAUAAUUGUCAACGACACAGGGGAGAUAAUCACCAACACUGGAAGAAAAGAAGUCCAGGACAGGGGCUUCAUUGGCUACAGAAACUGGAGACAGGCAGCUAAUCUCAAGGACAAAGGAAAACUUCACUCUAGCUCUAUUUCAAAAAGUGAACAAACUUCAGAACCCAAGGACAGUGAUGCCUAAGAGAGGCUGUGGGAUGACUAGUAAUAACGUAGAACAUAAUUCAGAAGUGGAAUCUUUUUGUGUUGAAUGGCAUUGAUUUUGUCUAGCACAGGCAUACAAUAUGUUUCCUGUGUAAUGUACGGGUAAAUGGUGGGUAGUGAUGAAUUUUCUACAAUAAUUAUCAGGUGUCUUUAAUGGAAUAAGAGAUAGUACUUCCAUAAUUUGCAAUUGCUAAAUUGAAUAGAUUAAAUGCAGAGAAACAUGUAACCGGAAAGGAAAAGUGUUGGCUGGAUUUGGACUCAAACCUGGGACCUCCCACAAACUGUUCAGGUGAUUUAUACCAUCUUAACUUCCAGUCUGACAGAUAACUCUCAUACCAACAAAAGCUUUCAGCUCAAAUGAUUUUUAUUUUGAAAUGUACAGACAACUUACAAUUCCAUUCCACCACAUACAUUUAACAUGCCCUCAAUUUGAACUGGGGACCUAGUAACCAAUUAUCUGUUCAGUCGCUGCAAUACACUCAGUGGAUGGUAGGAAUUCAAUAUUUGAAGUGGUAGACCCUAGGGCAUGAGAGACAAAUUUUGUCAACACAUCUUUUGGUUUUUUAGUUAUUGUCUGAAAGUAUGCAAGAUUUUUUGCUGUUUUAUAUUUUUUGCCAAUAUUAAAAUAAUUGCAAUCGUCA